AGAGUGGAUCUGUAGGGAGGUAGGCCCUCUUGGCUCCGGUUCCAGCUCCAGUGAGUCUGCCUGAGCGCUGCGCAGUCAACCGUCUGCAGCGCCACUGGCUGCAGGGAUAUCCCGAUGAAAGAGGAGACUACUCGGGGUGAAUUCGGACAAGUUUUAACUACAAGUUUUAACUAUAUUGCAGUGGAGGAGCUAAUUAAGCACCACUCAAAGACAAAAGACUCAGAUGUUGCUGCCAUGUGCCAGACUUACACCCUAAGCAGACGAAAGACGCAGCACCCUGAGGAACUUUUAGCUAUUUUCUGCCCCCUGGUAAGAGAGACUUUGAGAGAAUAUCCUCCAAGACUCAUAAAAGCACACCCCUAUCGCAGAGUGUCCACCUGUACUCUACCUUCACCCAGCAGCACCUUCCUCAUCCUCUCACAGAACUGGCUGUACUGUCAGUAAGGUUUAUUCACAAAUGUCUACCUCACGAUUAAAAGACCCCUCACCGACACUGCGACCCUGAACAGGAUACAAAAUGACCUCGAGCAUUGACCAGGAUGACAGUAGUAUUUUUGAUGGGUUAAUGGAAGAAGAUGAAAAGGACAAAGCAAAACGCGUGUCCCGUAACAAGUCUGAGAAGAAGCGCAGAGACCAGUUCAAUGUCCUUAUCAAGGAGUUGGGUACAAUGCUGCCGGGCAACACCCGGAAGAUGGACAAGUCCACUAUUUUGCAGAAAAGUAUCGACUUUCUGCACAAACACAAAGAAAUCGCAGCUCAGUCAGAGUCAACUGAGAUCAGACAAGACUGGAAACCUCCUUUUCUUAGUAAUGAAGAGUUCACUCAGCUGAUGUUGGAGGCGUUAGAUGGAUUUUUCCUUGCAAUUAUGGCUGAUGGGAAUAUAAUCUAUGUCUCUGAGAGUGUGACUUCCCUACUAGAACAUUUACCUUCUGAUCUUGUUGAUCAGAACUUGUUAAAUUUCUUGCCUGUGGGGGAGCAUUCAGAGGUGUACAAGGCUCUGUCCUCUCAUGUCAUGGAAGGAGAAACAUUGACACCUGAGUAUCUUAAAACUAAAAAUCAGCUAGAGUUCUGUUGCCACAUGCUCCGAGGGACAAUCGACCCCAAAGAGCCCCCCGUGUAUGAAUAUGUAAAGUUUAUUGGAAACUUCAAGUCCCUGAAUAAUGUGCCUAACUGUACCCGAAAUGGUUUCGAUGGAGUGAUCCAGCGAUCACUUCACUCUGCCUUUGAAGACAGAGUGUGUCUCAUAGCCACUGUGAGGCUAGCCAAACCACAGUUUAUCAAGGAGAUGUGCACAGUAGAAGAGCCUAAUGAGGAAUUUACCUCCAGACAUAGUUUAGAGUGGAAAUUUCUCUUCCUGGACCACAGAGCUCCGCCCAUCAUAGGUUACCUCCCAUUUGAGGUCCUGGGUACAUCAGGAUAUGACUACUAUCAUGUAGAUGACCUUGAGACACUAGCCAAGUGUCACGAACACUUAAUGCAAUAUGGGAAAGGAAAGUCCUGCUACUACAGAUUCCUCACCAAAGGGCAGCAAUGGAUUUGGCUUCAGACUCAUUACUACAUUACUUAUCACCAGUGGAACUCCAGGCCAGAGUUUAUUGUCUGCACACACACGGUCGUAAGUUAUGCUGAAGUAAGAGCAGAACAGCGCAGAGAGCUGGGAAUUGAAGAAUCACCACCUCAAAUCACUGCUGAGAAGCAAUCCCAGGAUUCAGGCUCGGAGUCCCAGCUCAACACUUUUAGCUUGAAAGAAGCCUUAGAGCGAUUUGACCACAGUCGGACCCCAUCGGCCUCGUCUCGCAGCUCGCGUAAAUCCUCCCACACGGCUGUGUCUGACCCAGCCUCAUCACAAAUGAAGCUUCAGGGAGAUAGGAGUACACCAGGUCGCCAGUCGGUCUCUGCCGUGGAGAUGACAUCACAACGGAGAUCAUCUAUCAGCAGUCAGCAGUCGAUGAGUUCCCAAAAUACAGGACAGAACGUGGCGUCAUCCAUGGUUUCACAACAACAGCAGCAGCAACAGCAACAACAGCAGCAGCAGCAACAGCAACAACAGCAGCAGCAGCAGCAACAAGUUCAGACCAACAAUCAAUCAAUGGUGCAGUUCUCCAGCCAGUUAGAAGCCAUGCAGCACCUGAAAGAGCAGCUGGAGCAGAGGACCAGGAUGAUCGAGGCCAACAUUCAGCGGCAGCAGGAUGAGCUGCGGCAGAUCCAGGACGAGCUACAGAGGGUGCAGGGACAGAGUCUGCAGAUGUUCCUGCAGAAAGGGGCUGGAGGACUAAAUGUGAGCUCUGCACAGAUGGCCCAGGGGAAUGGUGGGCAGCAGGGGGGUACACUCAGCAUGCAGGGCCAGGUGGUUUCUGCAGGGUCUCUGCAAAACAGUAUACAGCAACAACAUGCUGUCCAGCCCCCAUCCCAGCAGCAAACACUCCUACGGGAACAGAGCACAGCACUCUCGCAGCCUCAGAGGUCGUCGCACACGCUGCAGCCUCAACAGAAUCCACUGCCUGCAUCUCUCUACAACACGAUGAUGAUCCCUCAGCAAAGUCCUGCUAAUGUGGUUCAGAUUGCCACAAGCCUGGCACAGAAUACUGGACCCAACACUCCUGCCGUGGCAACAUUUGCACAGGACCGUUCGGCUCAGAUUAGGUUUCCUGCAGGCCCCCAGCUGCUCACCAAGCUAGUGACAGGGCAGAUGACAUGUGGGGCAGUCAUGGUCCCCACAACCAUGUUUAUGGGUCAAGUGGUGACGGCCUUUGCACCCCAGCAGGGCCAGACGCAGACAAUUAGCAUUUCUCAACAGGCGCCGCAACAGCAACAGCAGCAACAGCAGGAGCAACAGAUUCAGCCACAGUCUCAGGUCACAACCAUGCAGCAAGGGCAGGCUCCACUGACCCAGCAGCAAACGCAGUUCCUACAGGCUCCUCGACUCCUUCAUGGAAACCAGUCCACCCAGCUGAUCCUGCAGGCAGCGUUCCCUUUGCAGCAGCAGGGUACCUUCACUGCACCAGCCCAACAGCAGCAGCAACCGCAUCAAACACAGCAGAAGCAGUUACAACAGAAGCAGCAACAGCAGCUGGCUCCUCACAGAGCAGAUAGUUUGUCUGACCGCUCAGCGACACAGCCGCAGUAACUAGCCGAAGCCUAUCAGAAGUGCAGUUAGCCAAACUCAGGUGUGGUUGAUGGGAGUGUGAAGUGCAGUUCUGCUGAAAGUGCACCGCUGAAACCUCAGAGGAUGAGAAGUGGGCCCUCUGUUGCUCUGCUUCUCUCACACGAAUCUUGUGCUGUUUGCACUUCACUCCUGAGCCCAGAGUACAGCAGAGAGCCCGGGACGGGGCUCUCUGUGGCAGCAGGUUUGGCUGUGGAAUGAAGCCUUCCCUCCAAGAAAACAGGGCCAUAAAAGGCCUGCAAAAGACUCCCCCUUACGCCUCCCCUUGUGUCGUGUGUGUCUGUGUUUGGGUGUGUGUGUGUGUGUGUGUGCAGGCGCGCAUGUGUGCUCUAGUCACCCUCACAGGAUUAUUUCAGAGUUCUCCCGUCAGUGCAGUGGAGAUCUUCACUUCGAGGACGUCCUACAAAACAACCAAUUGUUUGUUUUGUAUGUUUUUCUUGUAAAACUAAUUAUGGGUGAGAAAAUAUUUUUAAGAAUGUGGUGUAGAUUGAACUUUGACUGUACAGAAUAUCAUGUGUAAUAUAUACUGUAAAUAUACUGAAGAAUAACUAAUAUUUUAUAUGAUGCAUGAAAUGAAAUGCAUAGUCUGUUAUUUGCAGCUUUGAAUAUGCUUUUUUUCUAAUACUCAGAAAAAAAGACCUGAAAAUGCUUAGUGGCUGAUAUUUUCACAGACUUCCUUUCUCCUAGGGGAUGUUUGUUUGUGUGUCUGCAUCAGACAGUGCCGAUGCUGUUUGUUGUGUCACAGUUUGUUUAAUCCUUGACCCCUAUUUUCACACAACUUCAGAAAAUUAUCGACAGAAUGAUAGAAAAAUACUUUAGUUUUUUUAAAGAUGUGCUCAAGCACUAAAGACUUGAAAUCAAGAUGUGAGAUUUGAUGAAUAGAAUGGAGGCAACAUUAAGCUAAACGUAUGCAACAGUAAGAUCUGCUAACAUUAUCCUUCAUAUCACCAUUUCUUAAGUUUUAGAACUUUUGUUGAGAUCCCUCCAUUUCACAGCCAUCCAUAUCGCCUGUGUUGGCACCCAAGGAUGCUUUAUUUCACCUGUAUACAUUUAUACUUUUAGAUGUAUGUAAAUAUAAAAUACUGACCCGUUAAAUAUGUUAGUGAGAAACAUGAUCUAGUUUUAAGCCAUCUAACUGUUUUAGCUGGGCACGCAGAACAAAAAGCAUCCACCCUCUAGAACUUUCUGGGAGACACCAGUCUUCCUGUCAGCCCGAUACAAAGAUCCCAUCAUACCCUUCUCUGAGCUCUGUGGAUUAUCGGGAGAAGCCAUUUGCUCUGCAGAGAACUACUUUAGAGUCCUUAAAUAUGCAAAUAAAAUUUGUAGCUGUGCUGAGUGGUCUGAGAUUGUCUUGUGAGAACUGCAGUAACUUUGUUUUGGCCCCUUGAUGGCAGUGACAUGGAUAUAUUAUGGCUUUUUACAUUCAGAAAACAAACAUAUGAGUUACAUUUAGGAUUUCAUUUGGAAUCUCUCUUCUGCAGACGAGGUGCUGAGCCAGUUCUACCUUUGUGCCUUUUGAGAACCAGCACACAUUUUGGCAGAUUUAAGAAUCGAAUAUCAUGAAGUGUUACCGGCAGAAGUAGGUGUUGUUUCUGUGGGAGGAAAAUUGAGGCUGUAUCUGACAGUGUCUUGGUGUAGACACUGAUGUCAGUUGUUCCAACUUUGGGUCCCAUUUUAUGGUGCCUUUUUUUUUUUUUUUUUAAACGGUGGAAAAACAUGUUAACCCAGCUCUAGAUCGUGCACUGGCACCAUAUUGGUGUAUUUGUCUUGCCUGUACACCAAACUUGAUGGUAUUCAGCAGCUGGAUGCUAACAUCGUCUGCUGACUGAUGCUAUGCAAGUAAUAUUGCAGGUAAUAUUUAUUUUUCUAAACUGCAGUUAUGCAUCGUAGAACAUUCAGAGUGAGGACAGUAAUACUCUUUAGGUUCAGAACUGUAAGCACUUAAAUAUAAGCACUCAUGUGAGCAACUGUCAUUGUAAUAACACUGACUAAAGCUGCCUGAAGUUUAAAAAAAAAAAAAAACAUUUUUCAGGACACACUUAUAUAAUAUUGGCCAAAUCCAGCAGUACCCUGGGGAAGACGUUUUAAUUACCCAUUAAAUAUUUGCCAAAAGCUAAAAAGAACCUUGGAGUUCUUCAGUCACAAUGGAAAGUUCGGGUAAGCCAGACUUUUAGUACGCUCACCAUAAUUUUUAUCACCGAGCUAAAGAUGGCAUUGAGGGGAUCAGUGUUACUGUAGACGGAGACCAUCACCAGGAUCCCCAGCAGACUCAACCCUACGUGUUCUGGCUUGGUAGGCUUGCCUUGCAGCCUCCUCACCAUCUGAUCUAAUGCACUGCCAGAUGGUAUGAAGCUGACAGUCCAACCUCCUCUUCAUCUGUGUGAAAUGAUGGGCUGAGCUCAACACAUGGCCACAAAGUCAGCCUUUGACAUCUGCUCCAAGAUAUCUUGUAAAACCAUGCACUCAUCCAUCCUCAUCCGCUUUAUCCGAAGUCGGGUCGCGGGGGCAGCAGCCUAAGCAGAGAAGCCCAGACCUCCCUCUCCCCAGCCACCUCCUCCAGCUCAUCC